AUGGUUGCUGAUGCUAUUAGCAGGUUAUCCAUUGAGAGCUUGGCCCAUGCAGAGGAGGGAAAGCAAGAAUUGUUGAAGGCUAUUCACCGCUUGGCAAAUCUUGGAGUUCAUCGCUUGGACUCUAAGGAUGGUAGUGUGAUGGCCGAAGCUGUUACUCUCAAAGAAGUAAAGAAGGAGAACGUUGGGAACUUCAUCCAAGUGAAUAUUCUCUACCACUUUGGAAUUCCUCAGUACAUAAUAAUUGACAAUGCCAAGUCGUUUGAUAACAAGCUGAUGAAUAAUAUUAGUGAUCUCUUUGGUUUUAAGCAGCGAAAAUAUUCCAUGUACCCUGCUGCCAUUAAUGGACUAGCUGAAAUAUUUAAUAAGACUUUAUGCAAUCUAUUGAAGAAAGUUGUCUCCAAGUCAAAACAAGAUUGUCAUGAGCGAAUGGAAGAAGCUGUAUGGGCAUAUAGAAUGACUUACCGCACACCAACACAAGCAACCCCAUACACGUUUGCUUUUGGAGUUGAAGCAGUCCUACUACUUGUUUGUCAAAUACCUUCUUUAAGGCUGGAUAUUCAAGAAGGGCUCUCCGAUGAAAAAAAUGCUAAGUUGCAUCUUGCAGAGUCUUCUUGA